AUGCUAGACAAACUGGCAGCUGAGCUAGUGGAACUUGCAAGACCUGACAAAGAAGAAGUUCUGUUCAACUUUGAUGAAGAAGAUGAUGACAACACACAAGAAGAUGUGACAGUUGAAUCAGGAGAGGAAGAUAGUGUCGCUCGCGCAGGGGUGAGAUUCGCGGACACAGAUGAUAAUGAGUCCGACACCAAAGGAAUUGUUAGAAGUUACAGUGACGACGGUGUAGAGAUUGGAACAAAAAGGGUACUUCGUCCAAGGCACAAUCCAGGGGUAAAAAUGAGACCCACUGAGAGAUACCAAACAAGAUUUGGGCAGGCAUACCUACAAAGAAAGAAUCCGCCUGUGCCAAACGUUUUGAGAAACAGGCGUGCGAUGAGAAGAAAGGCACGAAUGAAAAGACUCCAAGUCUCGUUAUAUCAAGCGAUCAAGAAACGAAUUGACACAGUUGCAAAGGAACCAUAA